AGAGCCCAGCCUGAGCAAGGUCUUGUCCUCAAGCCCUGCCGGGGACCCCCUCUUGUGCCAGGCCCCCUGCCUGAUCCUGUCCAAGCCAGCGAUACCGGGCAAGGCCUAGGGAAAGGCUGCUCCCUCAGGGGCCCAGUUGCCCCCUCCCUUUUCUCUUCCUGCUUGUUCCAACACUACUCUCCCCCCAGUCCGUCUGUGGGAAGAAUGCCGUGUCCUCUGAACGGGGGCCAAGAGUGACAGGUGGUGGCCGUCCGAGCUGCAUGGCCCCUGGUGUAAGAGAUCCUCUCCUCCGUCCCCGCCUCCCCUGCCCGCACCCCUGCCUCCGCCUCUGCCCACCCAGCCUGAUCCCUUACAACUGCCCCGGAGUGCUCCUGGGCAGCCGCGGCAAGUCCGGCGGCCAUCAGGUUGCUCCUCUCUGCUCCAGCUAGAAAGACUCGAGUUAGACAAGCAGAAGCACACGCCUCCCUACCUCAUGGCGACAGAAAACGGAGCAGUGGAGCUGGGAAUCCAGAGCCCAUCAACAGACAAGGCACCUAAAGGUCCGGCAGGUGAAGGACCUCCAGCUGCAGGGAAAGAGUCUGGUCCACCAGAUCCAAAGAAAGGUCCCGGGCCCCCAGGUGGAAAGAAAGAACCUGGUCUCCCAGAUGGAAAGAAAGAACCUGGGACCCCACAUCCAAAGAAAGAGCCUGAUCCACCCACCCUGAAGAAAGAUGACAAAGCUGCCACCCUGAAGAAAGAUGACAAAGCCACCGCCCUAAAGAAAGAGGAUGGUGCCCUGGCCCAACCCUCAACCAGCAGCCAGGCCCCCGAGGGAGAAGGCCACUCGGGUGGGGGGCCUGCGGAGGGCAGUGCUGGGCAGCCAGCAGCCCUGCCCCAGCAGACCGCGACAGCCGAGGCCAGCGUCGAGAAGCCCGAUGGCAAGCAGGAGGCCUCAGGCAGCCAGGGCCCCAGAGAGCCCAACGUACACAAGAAGGCAGUGGAGGGCCAAGCAGGGGGCAGGAGGGCCUCGCCCGCCUUUCUGCACAGCCCCAGCUGCCCUGCUAUCAUCUCCAGGCCUGAGAAGCUGCCGGUUGAGAACCCCCUGAACGAGGCAUCGGAGCUUAUCUUUGAAGGGGUGCCUGUGACCCCCGGCCCCACGGACCCCGGGCCAGCCCAGGUAGCAGAAGGAGGGAAGCACAUCGUGGCAGACAGCCAGAAGGAAGCAGGAGAGAAGGCUGCAGGCCAGGCUGGCCAGGCUAAGGUGCAAGGGGACACCUCGAGGGGGAUCGAGUUCCAGGCUGUUCCCUCGGAGAAAUCGGAGGUGGGGCAGGCCCUCUGUCUCACAGCCAGAGAGGAGGACUGCUUCCAGAUUUUGGAUGAUUGUCCGCCACCCCCAGCCCCCUUUCCCCACCGCAUCGUGGAGCUGAGGCCUGGGAACGUCAACAGUCAAUUCAGCAUGAACUCCAAGGAGGCGCUGGGCGGCGGCAAGUUUGGAGCAGUCUGUACUUGCACAGAGAAAGCCACAGGCCUCAAGUUGGCAGCCAAGGUCAUCAAGAAACAGACACCCAAAGACAAGGAAAUGGUGAUGCUUGAGAUCGAGGUGAUGAACCAGUUGAACCACCGUAACCUGAUCCAGCUCUACGCGGCCAUCGAGACCUCGCACGAGAUAGUGCUGUUCAUGGAGUACAUCGAGGGUGGCGAGCUCUUCGAGAGGAUUGUGGACGAGGACUACCAGCUGACUGAGGUGGACACCAUGGUGUUCGUCAGGCAGAUAUGCGACGGCAUCCUUUUCAUGCACAAGAUGCGGGUUCUGCACCUGGACCUCAAGCCAGAGAACAUCCUGUGCGUCAACACCACGGGCCAUAUGGUGAAGAUCAUUGACUUUGGCCUGGCACGGAGGUAUAAUCCCAAUGAGAAGCUGAAGGUGAAUUUUGGGACCCCGGAGUUUCUGUCACCUGAGGUGGUGAAUUAUGACCAAAUCUCUGAUAAGACGGACAUGUGGAGUAUGGGGGUCAUCACUUAUAUGCUGCUGAGCGGCCUCUCCCCCUUCCUGGGAGAUGAUGACACAGAGACCCUAAACAAUGUUCUCUCUGCCAACUGGUACUUUGACGAGGAGACCUUUGAGGCCGUGUCCGAUGAGGCCAAAGACUUUGUCUCCAACCUCAUUGUCAAGGACCAGAGGGCCCGGAUGAACGCUGCCCAGUGCCUUGCCCACCCCUGGCUCAACAACCUGGCAGAGAAAGCCAAGCGCUGUAACCGACGCCUUAAGUCCCAGAUCUUGCUUAAGAAAUACCUCAUGAAGAGGCGCUGGAAGAAAAACUUCAUUGCUGUCAGUGCUGCAAACCGCUUCAAGAAGAUCAGCAGCUCGGGGGCACUCAUGGCUCUGGGGGUCUGAGCCCCAGGAGCGGCUGAGGCCUGGAUGCAGCCGCACGGUGGCCCCGGGCUGAGGCCACACAGCCCAGAAGGCCCGAGCAGACGGGCCAGAUCCCCAGGGUGGGCUGGCUAGGACAAGGCUGCGCCAGGCUGGGAGGCUCGGGGCUCCCCAUGACCCCGCGCAGCGACUGCUUCCCCGACGUGAGCCGCCUCAGAUGUGGCCUGAGUCAAUCCUGCUAAUGCCUCCCCAGACAGGGCCUCGGCCCGUCAGCCACAGCCCAGAUGCCACAGGCCCUGUCGCUCCCUCCCCGGCUCCCCCUCUUGGAAUUGCUGCCCUGGUGACCCCUGCUUGGCCUCACCUGGGGCAUCCCUGGCUUGGGCUUGCUCCUAGCUGGAACGGGAAGGCUGGGGGUCCCAGCAUGUGCGGCAUCUGCGGUUGUGGAUGGGAGGCCCUUGGUGGGGCAGGAAGGCAGCAAGGCCAAUUCCUGAGGCCCAGCUGCCAGGGGAGACAGAGCAGGCUUUGUGAAAGAGGACCUCCAUGCCCCCGCCCGCCCCCCCACUCCCAACAGAUAAGGCCUCGUACACACCAUCUGGCCCGGCCCAGCCCCCGCCCACCUUCCUGACGACCACCAACACACAGGAACUCUGUGUGAGAGAGGGACGCCCAGCCCAGGCCUGGCGGAGGGGGAGGGGAGAGGCCUGGGGGACAGGGAGACCACCCCCCGAGCUUGCCUGAGGGCCAGGUGGGCCAGCCCAGCCACUCCGGACCCUCGUCCCCAGGGUCACCCAUGGCUUCGGAUGAUGGGGUCAGCAGGCCCAGGAGGAGUGGGAAAGCCAUCGGGCAGUCCCCAACCUGCUCUCAGCUUGUGCCUUGUAAAUAAAUGUACAGGUUGG